AUGUCUGAUAGGCCCGUUAGCAAGAGGCAGAAAGUCACAGAGGAAGAUGAGGAGGAAGAUGUUAUACAUACGCCGAAAGCUGUUACGUUCGAGCAGAGUCCCAGGGCUAUAACGCCGAGAAACUUACUGGGAUCUGAAAACAGAAACGUCUUGCCCACUGGUGGAUCACAAAACUUACAGAUACCUAGCCUACUGCCGCCGGAAUCACUGGGUUCAGCCCGGGGAAGAGAUUUCAAGUCUUACUCGCAAUCACCCCCAAGAUCGCCUGGAAGAUCUCCAACGAGGAGGCUGAAAUUGAUUGAACUAUCACCAAUUAAGAACUCAAGAGCAGAAUUACAAAAACUAUACGAAAGUAAAAAAUUGGAUGUCAAAAAGGAAAGGCUAUUCAUACAUCAGUUGGUCUUGAAUGAUUUCAAAUCAUACGCUGGUAGGCAGGUCAUAGGACCGUUUCAUACCAGUUUUUCAGCUAUUGUUGGACCUAACGGUUCAGGUAAAUCUAAUGUCAUCGAUUCUAUGCUGUUUGUAUUUGGUUUCAGAGCUAAUAAGAUGAGACAGGACAGGCUAUCGGAUCUGAUACACAAAUCUGAGACUUUUCCAGACUUGAAAUCCUGUAGUGUGGAAGUGCAUUUUAAAUAUGUGAUAGAUAAGGAUGAUGGCUCAACGACUAUUGAUGAAACGAAGGGUAAUCUAGUCGUCACAAGAAAAGCAUUCAAGAAUAACGCUUCGAAAUAUUUUGUAAACGGCAAAGAAAGUAAUUAUACAGAGGUAACUACUUUACUAAAAAAAGAAGGUAUUGAUCUAGAUCAUAAAAGAUUUUUAAUUCUUCAAGGUGAAGUUGAAAAUAUUGCUCAAAUGAAAGCAAAAGCAGAGAAAGAGAAUGACGAUGGACUCUUAGAAUAUUUGGAGGAUAUUAUUGGUACAUCAAAGUAUAAGGAAAGCAUCGAAAAACUAAGCAUGGAAAUAGAGUCCCUGAACGAAAUCUGUGUUGAAAAAGAGAAUAGAUUCUCGAUCGUAGAGAGAGAAAAAAAUUCAUUGGAAAGCGGUAAAGAGGAAGCCCUUCAAUUUUUGAAUAAAGAGAAGGAAUUGGUUUUAGAAAAGUCUAAAUUGUAUCAGUACAACCUAAUGCAGGACAAUAAAAAACUUGAUGAUGUAUUAAAUAAAAAAACAAACGUACAACAAGAGCAAACGAAACAAGAAGAUGAAUUUCGGAAAGCUAACUCCCACAUCAGUGACAUCACAGCAUCUUUGAAUGUUUUAAAAGCAGAUUUAGAAAAGGUUCACACUGAGGAAGUCAAUCUCUCAAAAACUAAGAGGACUUUGGAAAACAAAAAAGUGGAGAACGAGCAGAUAGUCAAUAACCUAGAUAGUAAAAGAAAAGAAUUUGAAGAGCAAAGUAAAAUUCUGCAAGAUAAAAUAAAUAGUACUGAUCAAGAAAUACAGACCAUAAUUGAGGAACAAAGUUCACUAGCAGAGGGGACUACAGUACUUUCCACAAAUCUAGAUAUAGAAAAAGAAAAACUCGAAAAUAUAAAACUAAAAUUGAGAGAAAAGACAGAACAUUUGACUAUUCAGAUUGCAGAGUAUGAAAAGGAACUUUCACCUUGGAAUGAACAAUCACAGCAAUUAAAAAAAGAGAUAAAAAUUACAGAAUCUGAACUUUCCAUAAUUGAAGAAAAUCGUAAAGGACUAGAAAAUGAUAUUGCUGGUCUAGAAAAUGCCAUAUUGUCUCAAAAGAGAGACCUUGAGGUUCAAGAACAAGAAAUUAAAAGUCUAUUGGAACAAAAAACGAAAGUUAUCCAGGAGAGAGAAUUAGGCGAAAGGGAAUGCAAAAAUGCACAAGCUACCUUAGCUAACGUCAGGGAAAAAGUAGAAGCAUUGAGACAAAAAGCAAUCGAAAUACGAUCUACCUACUCUGCAACAGAAAAUAAUAAUAAGGUUCUUUCGGCAUUAUUAAGACUUCAAAAGUCAGGUAGACUUAAUGGCUUUCAUGGUCGUCUCGGAGAUUUAGCAGUCAUUGAUCCAAAAUACGAUGUAGCUAUUUCUACAGCUUGCCCAAGGUUAAAUGAUCUUGUUGUUGAUACGGUAGAAUCAGGCCAACAAUGUAUUGAAUACCUGAGAAAAAAUAAAUUAGGAUAUGCUCGUUUUAUUUUGUUGGAUAAAUUAAACACUUUUAACACUAACAGAAUUGAUACACCUGAUCAAAGUCAGAGAUUAUUUGAUUUAAUAACUGUGAAGGAAAAAAGGUUCAACAAUGCUUUUUAUAGUGUUUUAAGGGACACUUUGGUUUGCCAAAAUAUGGAACAAGCUAAUCGAGUUGCAUACGGGAAGAAAAGGUAUAGAGUAGUCACACUUGAUGGUAAUCUUAUUGAUCUCUCUGGUACAAUGACAGGUGGUGGCCGUAAUGUCAGCAAGGGAUUAAUGAAAUUAAGUAAAUCUUCUAGUAAGGGUAGUGCCUUUUUUUCUCCUGAAGAGGUUCAGGCCAUAGAAAAUGAACUAAAUCAAAAAGAAAACCAAUAUAAAUCUGCUUUAGAUGCCUAUCAUGAAAUGGAAGAAGAACUUAGACGACUCAGGGAUAGAGCUCCAGAAAUAGACAAUCUGGUCUCAAAAAAAGAAAUGGAUAUCGAAACUGCACACAAUGAUAUAAAUUCGAACAUAAACGUUCUGGAAGAAAAACGAAAAAAAUUAGAGUCUAUGAAGAAUCAAAAUGAUCCAUCAAUAACAUUAUUGGCAAAGCUUAAGGAACUGAAAUCAAAGCUCGAUGAUAUUGAUGUACAAACUAAAUCUACUAAAGAUAAAAUAAAGACUAUUAAAGACAAGAUUAUUGAGUUAGGCGGAGAUGAACUGAAAAAUCAAAGCCUUUUGGUCACAGAUAUCACAAAUAAAAUAUCGGAAAACUCCAGGAGAUUGAAGAAGAUAAAAAGUAACAAACUCAAGAAAGAAUCGUUACUGAAAAAGUUUAAUAAGGAACUCACAGAAGCUAAUGAGGAACUAACAAAUUUCAGUAAGAAUGCUGAAAAUGCUGAUAUCGAAUCAAAGGAGAUAGAAUCAAAACUGUUAGACAUUAAGGAAUCAAUAGAGAAUCUGAAAGAAAAUGAGGUAAAAUUAGAACAUGAGAUCGAAAUGAAGCAUAAUGAGCUUGAGUCGCAUCAGAAAGUUGUCAGCGACUACAAAUCUAUUUCACUGGAAUAUAACAAUAAAUUAGAAAAACUAGAAGCUUCAGAAGCAUCACUAAAAAAGAGCAUUAAAAGAUAUAAUGAUCUUUUAUCUGAACUGACCAUCAGAGAUGUUACUCAAGUGCUGAACACUAUCAUGACUGAAGAAAAUGCCUCGGUUGACAAAUCUGACCCUAAACUUGAAAAUACAUCUGCUGUUAUAAACGCAGAUGAUGAUGGAAUCUCUGCAGUUAGUGAAAAUCAAUCCUUCAAUCAUAAUGAUGAAAAUGAUGAUAUAGAUUCAAAUAAAAUGGAAAUUGAUUCACAAGGUGGUUUCAUCAAUCCUGGAAUCCCCGUAUUAUCUGCAUCUGAGCUUGCCAAGGUAGAUCCUCAAGAGGUUGAACUAUUGAUAACGAGUCUUGAUGAUUUUAUAACCAGUUCAGAAGCAAAUGUUGAUGUUUUAGAGGAAUAUGCAUUAAGGUUUGUGGAGUUUAAUAAAAGAAAGAAUGAUCUUAAUAGCGCAGUACAAUCUAGAGACUCGGUAAAAGACCGACUAGAAGGAAUAAAAAGAAAAAGGUAUGAUGAGUUCAUGGAAGGUUUUAAGAUCAUAUCUAUGACUCUGAAAGAAAUGUAUCAAAUGAUUACUCUCGGGGGUAACGCAGAGUUGGAAUUAGUGGAUAGUCUAGAUCCUUUUUCAGAAGGUGUCACUUUUAGUGUAAUGCCACCCAAAAAAAGUUGGAGGAAUAUAAGCAAUCUAUCAGGUGGUGAAAAAACAUUGAGUUCUUUAGCUCUUGUGUUUGCCCUUCACAAGUAUAAACCAACUCCACUGUAUGUUAUGGAUGAGAUUGAUGCUGCAUUGGACUUCAGAAACGUUUCUAUUGUUGCUAAUUACAUAAAGGAAAGAACAAAAAAUGCGCAAUUUAUUGUGAUUUCUUUGAGAAAUAAUAUGUUUGAAUUAACUAAGCAACUAGUGGGCAUAUACAAGCAUGAAAACAUGACAAAAAGUGCGGCACUAGUUAAUGAAGAUCUGGUAGGAAGGGCAUAG